CCACGCGACUCAGCACUCAACACUCACAACACUCAGCACUCAGCAGUGUUGAUGAGCAACAAAGUUCGUAUCUUUCCUCAGCUUCAUGCCCCGUGAUCGCUUAUGCACUUCUCUAUUACCUCACCUACUCAUCAUGCAAUUCAAGGUUUCAAGUAUGAUUUGAAUAUGCUCCAGACCGAGUUGUCUUUCACUCAAUUUAAGGUUGCUUCUGGAACGUCCUUGUAUGCGUUUGCUGUUUAUUCAUAAAGAUGGAGCGCACCAGAUUUAACAUGAGGGGUCGUAACUCUGGUUCAACUCCGUCAGAAGAAUCAUCUUUGGACCUUGAAAGAAAUUGUUGCAGUCAUUCUAAUCUGCCUUCACUGAGUCCACCAACACUACAACCCUUUGCCUCGGCUGGGCAGCACUGUGAUGGCAAUGCUGCCUACUUCUCAUGGCCAAGCCGCUUGAAUGAUGCUGCGGAAGAGCGAGCAAACUAUUUUUUAAAUCUACAAAAGGGGGUACUACCUGAAACACUUGGUCGGUUGCCAAAGGGGCAGCAGGCAACCACAUUGCUUGAACUCAUGACAAUUAGGGCAUUUCACAGCAAGAUACUGCGUUGUUACAGCCUUGGUACAGCAAUUGGUUUUCGCAUACGGCGAGGUGUAUUAACAGAUAUUCCUGCCAUUUUAGUAUUUGUUUCGAGGAAAGUUCACAAACAAUGGCUCAGCCCAAUCCAAUGUCUACCCACUGCUCUUGAGGGGCCUGGUGGAGUAUGGUGUGAUGUAGAUGUGGUGGAAUUCUCUUAUUUUGGUGCCCCAGAGCCAGUUCCAAAGGAACAGCUGUAUACAGAGAUUGUAGAUGACUUGCGUGGGGGUGACCCUUGCAUUGGUUCAGGAUCUCAGGUGGCAAGCCAGGAGACAUAUGGAACUUUGGGUGCCAUUGUUAGGAGCCAAACAGGUAGUCGGCAGGUUGGUUUUCUCACAAAUCGACAUGUCGCAGUUGACCUGGAUUAUCCGAAUCAAAAGAUGUUUCAUCCUCUUCCACCCACCUUGGGGCCUGGGGUUUACCUUGGUGCAGUAGAGCGAGCAACUUCAUUUAUAACAGAUGAACUUUGGUAUGGCAUAUUUGCUGGAAUAAACCCAGAGACUUUUGUGAGAGCCGAUGGCGCAUUUAUUCCUUUUGCCGAUGACUUUGACAUGUCCACUGUUACUACUGUAGUGAGAGGCGUUGGAGAUAUCGGUGGUGUAAAAAUUAUUGACCUACAGGCACCAAUUAGUAGCCUUAUUGGAAAACAGGUGGUGAAGGUCGGAAGAAGUUCCGGCUUAACUACAGGCAUUGUUUUGGCUUAUGCCUUAGAGUAUAAUGAUGAAAAAGGAAUAUGCUUUCUAACAGAUUUUCUUGUGGUUGGCGAGAACCAGCAAACGUUUGACCUCGAAGGAGACAGUGGAAGUCUCAUCAUGUUAAAGGGUGACAAUAGCGAGAAACCACGACCAAUUGGGAUCAUAUGGGGAGGAACGGCUAAUAGGGGCCGCCUUAAGUUGAAAAUUGGGCAACCUCCUGAGAAUUGGACUAGUGGGGUUGAUCUAGGCCGUCUUCUCAAUCUACUUGAACUCGAUUUGAUAACAACAGAUGAAGGACUAAGAGUGGCGGUGCAAGAACAAAGAGCUGCUUCUGCAACCGCGAUUGGCUCUACAGUUGGCGACUCAUCAACCCCUGAUGCUAUGCUUCUGAAAGAUAAAUCCGUAGAUAAGUACGAGUCACUUGGUCUUCAGAUUCAGUCCAUUCCCUUAGGAGUUGAGACUAGCAACCAAGACAUGAAACCGUCGACUAUGGAGACUGAAUUUCAGUUAGAAGAUGGGAUCAAGGUAGCUCCCAGUAUCGAACACCAGUUCAUCCCGAGUUUCAUGAGCCGGUCUCCACUGCACAAGAACAGCAUGCAGGAGCGGGCUGCGACCGAGAAUUUGUCCUCGUUGAGGAGUGGCUGCGACGAAGAUUUAUGCGUUUCGCUGCAUCUUGGUGAUAACGAAGCAAAGAGAAGGCGUUCUGAAGCAUCAACUAGCACUGAGGAAGCUCAGUGAAGUAGAUUAUUUACAUGAGCUGGAUGAACCUGCUUGUUAAAAGAUUCAAUCAUUUUUAAUUAGUCCCUUUUUUCUCACCGGGUAACGUGUUGUUUGUAACAUUUAUGAUACUGUAUUUUAUGCUUAGAAGCUGAGACAAUGAGCAAUGAUCUUUGUGGAGUUCGCUGUCUAUGAAAGUGAAUCUGUGGUUAGAGACAGAGAAGAAAAGUUUGUCUUGGUGUCUAGUUGAUAGCUUUCCAACUCCUCCUUUUUCUAAAA